ACACAACGCCUAUAAGCACGGCACUACUUGCUUGCUUGCUUAUUAAGAAGACACAGCAAUCAGAUCUCGUCUCGCCAUCUCGGUCAGCACAUCAGCCAUGACGAACGGGUACCUGUUCCGGGAGUACAUCGGCGCGCAGUUCACCGGCGUCCAGUUCUCCGACGUGCCCAUCAACGCCAUGCUCAGCUUCCACUUCAUCCUCGCCUUCGCCAUCGACUACACGCCGGUGGGGCAGCAGCCGACGCCGCCGGCGCCCACCAACGGCGUGUUCAGCCCGUUCUGGGACACGGGCAGACUGUCCCCGUCCGCCGUGGCCGCCAUCAAGGCCGCGCACCCGAACGUCGCCGUCAUGGCGGGGCUCGGCGGCGACAGCGUGCAGGACGUCGUCAAGGCCGUCUUCACCCCAGCGUCCGUCGACUCGUGGGUGGCCAACGCCGCGUCGUCCCUCACGAGCAUCAUCAACACGUACAGGCUCGACGGCGUGGACGUCGACUACGAGCACUUCGCCGCCGGCGCCGACGUGGACACUUUCGUCGAGUGCGUCGGCCGCCUCCUGACGCGGCUCAAGAAGGACAUGCCGUGGAUCACCACCUCCAUCGCGCCGUUCGAGGACACGGAGAUCCAGCGGUACUACCAGCCGCUGUGGCGCAAGUACGCCGGCGUCAUCGACUACGUCAACUUCCAGUUCUACGGCUACGGCGCCAACACCGACGUGCCCCUGUACGUCAGGUUCUACGACAACCAGACGGCAAACUACCCCGGCGCCAAGGUCCUCGCCAGCUUCAUGACCGGCAACACGACCGGGCUGAUCUCGCCGGAUCUCGGCAUCAGCGCGGCCAAGGAGCUGCAGCGGCAGAACAAGCUGCCGGGGCUCUUCAUCUGGUCCGCGGACAGCUCCAAGAAGAGCAGCUACGGCUUCAAGUACGAGGUCCAGGGGCAGCAGAUCAUUGCCAACCAUUGAUCUCUGAUCGGAUGGCGCCGCUACUCUGCUAUGGAUGGACACAAUAGCUCAAAAUAUUUUAUUAGUAAGGAAUAAUCACGUUGCUAUGCCUACGUGUACUGGUGUUGUUGUGGAAUGAAUAAAGGGAACAAAUUAAAGUAAACCGUAGGAGGGUUGUGUUUCCAAGUA